AUGAUGACCCGCGCAUUGAUCGGGCAACCAUCAAAGCCACAUGCUUGCCAUCCGGAAGGGAUGAGAUGUCCGAAAGGCCACAACGAGCAGUGCCAAUUCUCUUUCCGCAGUUUCCGCUACGUCUGCUGUGAAGAUCGCGCGGAUGAGGAUCCACCAGAGUGCCCACGCUAUCACGAUACCCUCCUCACACUGUGUGAUGGACGUGAAAAUGCCUGCCCGCGAGGCUUCAAGUGUCUGGGGUCGAGGCAAGACGAAAAGAUUCGACUGUGCUGCCGGUCGAACCCAUCGCUGAAAUAUCCAGAGCCAGCCACCACUUUCAAAGACAAAAAGAUCGUCCCGAAAUUCCUUCCCACAGCUCCAAAGGCUGUCGCCCAGGUGAAAUUCGGAAACCACUCCAUUCUUACUGGGGAGCUUUUCGGAGCCGAAGAGCUGGAGCGACUGGAGAACGAGCCCAUGAUAGAGAUUCCUCAAUGGGACAAGGACACGCUGUAUACUGUUGUCCUAUUUGAUAUCUCGGCCCCAGAUCCGGUAUACGUGCGAUGGCUAGCUGUGAAUGUGCCAAUAGUGGAGGGUGUCAUAACGAUCAACAGCAAGGCCCGCAUCGUAGAAGUCUAUGACGCCCCACAUGGCGGCGACAAGCCAUCAGGAAUGCAUGUAUUGGUGUUGGCUGUCUAUUCCCAGAAGGACGUGUGGAACGGGAAAACCAUCGGUAAAUUCGACCCGGUCGGGCUAAACAUUGGGGCAUGGAUACGCCAAAAUGGAGAGAUGAUCGAACAAGAACCAGUUGCCGGAAACUUCUACGCGUAUAUGACCACGCUCGCA